CUCCUUCCUGCUCCACACAACAGGGGGAUCCGCCGACAACUGGUGCCACAUUUUCACGCUAAACACUGUCACGUCGCCACCAUAAACCCGUUUUGGAACCAGGAGGAGGCGAGCCGGCGCCUGGGUAGAUGUGAGCCCAAGGUAAUGGCCCGGCUGGUGGACAUCAGCACACAGACAGAUCCCGUCGUCGUGCUGUCCUUGGCCCAGGCUGCCGUGCUAGGUCUCAUCUCCCAGAAUGAAGUGUUCGGAGCUACCAUCGCACCCAACGGAUUCUACACCGGCGAGCCCAAAGAGUCCCCCGCACCCCCAGUAGACGGAGUCGACUACGAGUACGCCGACCAACUCAUCGGAGCCAACGGAGAUUACCUCGGAGACAACUUGGGAGAGGACGGUCAAAUGCAGCCCAGCUGCAGUCAGAGGAGGUGGCAGCAGGGGCCUCCGCAGCACGCGGACGGGAAAAUGGUCCUGCCCGACCGUCACGGCCUGCAGGGCCCCGACGUGACCUCGUCCCACGUGAAGGGGGAGGUCGUGGCCUCCGGAAUGCCCUCUUGUGUCCACAUGUUGAACAAUAUGGCUCCCAGAGGGGGUCUGGUUCAGGUAGACCCAGCCUCCCUCCGAGUCCCAAACAAGAACUGUGCCGAGUGCGAGCGUGAAGCAACCGGCCAGCAGCAGCAGCAGCAGCAGCAGCAGGCUGCCACACACGUGCAUCCUCCUCCAGCCCAGGUGGCCCACAGAGGAGCGGAGCAGGCCCACCGAGGACUGCAGGGCCAGCGCUCCAUGGGGGCCCACAUUAGAAGUGGUAGAGAAGACGAAGAGGAGGUGGGACACCAGGACAACGCUAUGAUGAAACCCACACAGCAGGAAGAAGCCAUCAGCAGCUACUUCCAGACCAGUGAGGUGGGCAGCUAUGACUCUUCAGAAAUGGGCCUGGGCGGCGAGUAUGAAGACAGCAGCCAGAGCAUGAUGUGGACAGACGGGAGCGGCGGGGCGCAGCACCAGCAGCCGCCACACCCACAGCCGCCUCGUCGACACGGCGGCCGCCGGGUGGACCGGCUGGACAUCAACAUCCAGAUAGAUGAGUCGUACUGCGUGGAUGUGGGGGACGGUCUGAAGCGGUGGAAGUGCCGCAUGUGUGAUAAGUCCUACACCUCCAAGUACAACCUGGUCACGCACAUCCUGGGCCACAACGGCAUCAAACCCCACGCCUGUCCCCACUGCGGGAAGCUCUUCAAGCAGCCCAGCCACCUCCAAACCCACCUGCUGACCCACCAGGGCACGCGGCCCCACAAGUGCAGCGUCUGCAAGAAGGGCUUCACCCAGACCAGCCACCUGAAGCGCCACAUGCUGCAGCACACCGACGUCAAGCCCUACAGCUGCCGCUUCUGCCGCCGCGGCUUCGCCUACCCCAGCGAGCUGCGGGCGCACGAGGUGAAGCACGAGCGGGGGCGCUGCCACGUCUGCUCGCAGUGCGGCAUGGAGUUCCCCACCUACGCCCACCUGAAGCGCCAUCAGACCAGCCACCAGGGCCCCCACACCUUCCAGUGCACCGAGUGCAACAAGUCCUUCGCCUACCGUAGCCAGCUCCAGAACCACCUCCUGAAGCACCAGAGCCCGAGGCCUUACACCUGCUCCCAGUGCGGGCUGGAGUUCGUGCAGCUCCACCACCUGCGUCAGCACUCGCUCACUCAUAAGGGGAUGAAAGGCCACAAGUGUGAAGUGUGCUCCCGGGAGUUCACCCUGUCCGCCAACCUGAAGAGGCACAUGCUCAUCCACAACAGCGUCAGGCCCUUCCAGUGUCACGUCUGCUUCAAGAGCUUCAUCCAGAAGCAAACCCUCAAGACUCACAUGAUCGUCCACCUGCCUGUGAAGCCCUUCAAAUGCAAGGUGUGUGGGAAGUCUUUCAACAGAAUGUACAACCUGCUGGGUCACAUGCACCUCCAUGCUGGCAAUAAGCCCUUCAAGUGUCCUUACUGCACCAGUAAGUUCAACCUGAAGGGAAACCUCAGCCGACACAUGAAGGUUAAACACGGGAUGGACGUCUCGCCUGAAGGACAAGAAGUUCUUCCAGAAAUGGAGAGCCAGGGGGAGUACGAAGGACAGAACUUCAGCUUUACAUCAGCAGACAAUAUGGACAACAGCGGCUCUCAAAACCUCACCAAACUCACUACAGCGAACAUGGAGGACAUGGAGGAGUAUUACAAUUUUGGGAAGGAUACGAACAGCUACACUGCACCCUGAGUGAUGAUGGACCAGAAAGGAUAAGCGAUGGGAUGAUUUUCUUUUUUUUUUUUUUCUUCUUCUUUUUUUUUUUUUAGGCUUUUGGACCAAGUUACUUUGGGAGACUUUAUGGGGAAAGUGGUUCUCUUUCAGUUUUGGCCUCCUUCCAGAAGAUUCAGAUCUGACAGGACCAUGAUGUGAGGGAGGGGGCGGAGCCAUGAAGGACAAGUGCUCCAGAGUGGACGUUACUCUUGUUUUCUUCAGCAGAGACACUGAAAGUGUGGUUUGACGCUCCUUUUCCAGACUUACUGAGACUCACAGAUGGACAGUCACAUCUGUAUGUUGUAUGUAUCAGUUACUUGGAAGAAGAAUAAAAAAAAAUAUACGGAGCCAUCGGUUACAUUUGAUGUGAUAGAAAUUAAUCAUCUGCCAUCUUUGUCCAUUCACAGCAGCCAAUUACACCCGUUUAUUUUUGACUGAAAGUGCCAGCCUUUUUUUUCUUUGCUCACUGUAUAUUGAUGAAAAUUCACAACAUUUCCAGGUUUAAAUGCUCUCAGUUCUGUUUAACUAAGUUCUAAUGCAUCUUUUUCUCCUUUUUGCACAAGAUUUUCUAGUUUGUUUUCACUAGCUUGGCACUUCCUGGAUAAUUUUCUACUUCCUGAUGCCGGCGAGCACCUCCAGACGUGACCGCUGGCAUGUAAAGCCCUGUUCACUGUACAAACAGUUCUGCAACAUGCACUGUGUUUGUUCACCGUUGUUUUUGUUUUUUUAUUUCACAUGGCUUAGCUUUACAUUAAUAUUCUAUCCCGUGUAGUGAAUAUAUCGCUCCUAGUUUUUGAAUUAAUGAGUGAACAAUACGAAGCACUUUUUUUAUUGAAACUGUUUCCUUUUCCUGCGAAGGCUACGUGGAGGUACGAGUGAAAUAAUUAGCCUCAAAGAAAAGAGCCGGGGAGAAGAGAUUGUAGAAUCUUUCUAAAACCCCAUUAAUGGCAAUAUUAUUAAAGUAUAUUACUAAACAACG